AUAGAAUUUCCUGAAAAACGAAAAUUGAAAUUUGUGGAAAAAACACCUCAUCCUUUAUUUGGCAUAAAAAUAAGAAAAAUGCCAAAGCAAUUGAUUGAUAUUCGAGGACCAGAAGAUACUUUGACAUAUUUAUUACACAAGCAGUAUGGAAUUAGGGCAUUACAAGGAGGGCAACUUAGGUUUGGACAUUUUGAAAUGAUGCGUAGUGGAAUUAACAGAAAAAUGAAUGAAUCAAGAUGUUUUGCCUUGUGGAGAAUUGACAACCCUUGGAAACCAAUUACAAAAAAAGGACAAGGACAUAGGAUGGGUGGAGGAAAGGGCAACAUUGAUCAUUAUGUCACACCAGUGAAAGCUGGAAGAAUAAUUUUGGAAUUUGGUGGGAAAAUAGGCUUUGAGGAAGCCUAUCCAAUUUUAAAAAGGGUUGCUGCCAAAUUACCAUUCAAGGCGGAUGUCGUUAGUCAAGAAAUCUUGGAAAAAGAAAAACUUGGAGCUGAAGCAUUAAGGGAAAACAAUUUAAAUCCAUUUUCGUUUGAAUAUUGUCUUAAAAAUAAUAUAAUGGGCUGUAAACAAUGGGCUAGUCCCUAUGACUUUUUGUGGUUUGGUAAAUAUCGGUAA